GGUGGACAAAGAAUGACCCAAUUGAAACUUAUAAUCCGGAUUUAAGCCAAAAUAACAGGCGUCCGACACGAUUUGGUUGGUAAGGACGAUGGGGAGCAGUGAUGGUGGAGGAGAAGAUCUAGUGAAGCAAAUGGCGGAGUUAAGCAAAACCCUAAAAGAAGGAGAGAGAAUUCUAGCGCCAACGAGGCGACCCGAUGGUACUCUCCGAAAACCCAUUCGGAUUAGGGCUGGCUAUGUUCCGCAGGAAGAAGUCGCCAUUUACCAGUCCAAAGGGGCUCUGUGGAAAAAGGAGAUGGCGUCCCAUGAUGGGCCUCCUGGUUAUGAUCCUCCAUCAGAUGCAAAAUCAAAGACUAAGUCCGCCAAGCGGAAUGAGAGAAAGAAAGAGAAGCGAUUGCAGGCAGCUCAUGAGAAGGAUAAAACUUUGGAACAAGUGGUUGAUGGAGAGAUCACGGAAGCAAAGGAAUCAUAUGUAGACAAUGGAUUGGAACUUUUCCAGUCAUUAAGUUCACGGAUGAAUAAGCUUGCUGUUUCUACAAAUCCGAAAAUUGAAAACCCUUCUUCAGAGCCAAUAGAUGAUCAACAGUUUCCUUCUAAUGAUAUCGAUAAGAGAAUUAGAGCAAUAAAAAAGAAGAUUCGAAUUGCAGAAGCUCAGUUGCAGAAAACACCAAUGCAAGAUAUGAAGCCGGAGCAGUUGAACAAGUUAUCGAAACUCGAAGAUUGGCGCUCCGAACUAACACUUCUAGAAGAACAAAGGCUGCAACUAAAUACGUCAUAAUGAAUGACGGCAGGGUAGUAUUAUUGUUCACUUUAUUUAUGCUUUCUCGUAAAGAAAGACCAUGAAAAGAAGUGCUGCUACAAAAGCUUUUCUAUUUUUACUUUCCCGAAAUCUAGUCAUCUGUAUAACUCCACUUUUUUCAAUGUGUUGUGUAAUUUCAUUUCAACUAGUUUUAGGAACACUUGAACUGUAGAUAGUGUUAAAAACAUUGCUCUUCUUUCGCAUGAACAUGAUUUUUUUAAUUGUGUUUGAUCAA